AUGGGCCUCUCAAAGGAAUGGUUUCCCUUGUUGCUUAUUCUUUUUUGUGUUGCCGCUCUGUUGAGUGCAACCGCGCUCGCUAAUUUCGGUAGUGAUGAUGAUGGCCCGUUCGGGGGCCCCAAUCGGUUCGGUGGGGGCCGGUUCGGCCAUGGCCGGUUUGGCGGCGACUGCCACUUCCACUUCCGUGGGUGCAGAGGUGGUUUCGGUCGAGGCCCUUGGGGUGGUGGGGGCCUCGGAGGUGGAGGCGGCGGCGGGUUUGGUGGUGGUGGUGGAGGAGGUCUUGGUGGCGCCCGUGGGCAUGGUGGAGGGUUUGGAGCUGGCGGUGGUAUAGGCGGAGGUGCCGGUGGUGGUUUAGGCGGUGGGGGGGAUCUUGGAGGCGGUGGCGGUGGAGGGUUGGGUGGUGGUGCGGGCCAUGAUGGAGGGUUCGGAGCUGGUGGAGGUGUGGGUGGCGGUGCCGGCGGCGGCGUCGGAGGUGGUGGAGGUUUGGGAGGUGGAGGUGGCAGUGGCGUGGCGGCGGCGGCGGCCUUGGUGGUGGAGGUGGCCAUGGUGGAGGUUUUGAAGCUGGCGGUGGUGUUGGCGGUGGCGCUGGAGGAGGAGCUGGAGGUGGUGGUGGCCGCGGAGGCGGCCUUGGUGGUGGAAGCGGACACGGUGGAGGAUUUGGAGCAGGCGGUGGAGUCGGUGGUGGCACAGGGGGCGGUGUCGGAGGAGGCGGCGGGUUUGGUGGUGGAGGUGGCGGAGGACUCGGCGGUGGGUCGGGUCAUGGCGGAGGGGUCGGUGCUGGUGUUGGCGUAG